GUUGAAAGAGAGAGUGGCGGUUAAUGGACAAUCAGGCUGUCAGAUAGACUGACAGGCGCAGAGAGGAAGUCUUAUCAUUGGCAUAAGCACUAACAAACAGCAGGCAUGAAGAGACAGGACAGAAGGUUCUCUCUGGACUCUCUGGAAUACUCAGUUGGUGGUCUGGAGAAUGGAGGACUGUUGGGGAAGGGCCCUAGAGGGAGCCGCUACCGGCGGGCAUCUGAUACCAUGAAGAGUGCCAGUCUAGAGGAUGCCCAGCUGCAGUUCCUCGACCUCAACAGGAGCCUCAACCUGAGGCAACAAACAAUAGAAGAGGAGCGUUUGGAUCAAGUAGACGGCAGCAUCACCCGCCAUACUUUUAUGAAUCACAACAAAACAUUCCACAAAAUAUUCCCAGAUAUUCCAGAGGAAGAAGACCUAACUCAUGCGUUCACCUGUUCCCUGCAGAAGGAGGUGCUCUAUCAUGGCAAGCUCUAUGUGUCCCGCCAACACAUCUGCUUCUACUCCUCUGUGCUGCUCAAGGUCACCAAGGUGAUAAUUGAGGUGGAGAGCAUUCAAACUGUGAGGAAGAAGAACACAGUGAAAGUGCUGCCCAACGCGCUGUCGAUAAUCACCAACAAUGGAGACAAGUACCUGUUUGUGUCCCUACGGAAUCGCCAUUUAUGUUACGAGCUUCUUCUUUCAGUGUGUCCUCACCUCCAGGUUGACAACGGAAUGAGUAGUCCCCAAAUAUCCCAGGACAGCAUUGACCGAGAAAUUGACAUGAUGUCCAGCCACUCGAGUCAGGAUGGGAGUGUGAGUCGGCGGACCAGUGUGGAUGACCCACUUCCUCAUGACUCUCCCUAUCCAGACCUGGCCAAACAAUCUUCGGAGUUAGCCAGGACCAGCUCGAGUCGGACGAGCAGCCUCAGCAAGGAUGGCUAUUCCACAGAGGAUGAGAAUGCAGCAGGUAGAUCGUGGAUGUCUUUUGGAUGGGAGAAAGUCAAGCCAUUCGUCUUUGUGGGAGAAUCAAGAAACGUCAGCUCACUCCUCCUCAUUUACGUCCUACUGCUUGUGCUGCUCCUCCUGUCCUCUAGCUACAUUGGCCUGCGCUUAGUGGCCUUGGAGGAACAACUGAGUGCUCUCAGCUCCUUGCAGGAAGAAUACAAGGAAACAUAGUCUUUCAUUCUGAUGAAGGGUUGAGCCAUCACGUUCCAAGCACGAGUGGGCAACAUUCCUCUCCACCUAGCCAGACGCCACAGUGACGCUCUAGGACAGAAAAGAAGAAAGAGCCAAGACUGGAGUGGAGAAUGAAACCACACGGUCCACUGACUCUAGAUCAGACGCCUGUGCACCUCCCACUCCGUACACCUGUGUGUCUGAUCAAAGCCUCGUGUGGGAGGUGCUGGUGGGAGAGCCUCAUUCUCAUUCUUGUCCCAUCUCAGGGUUGAUCGAUUCCACUGCAUCCCAUAUGAACCAUCCCCCAACAUGCCAUUUGAAAAAGUCAACUGACAUCUGACACAGUACAUGACACAAUGCUUCCAUAUAAAGAACUUGUAUCAACUGGUUAUGCCUGUAACAUGUCAUAUCUGAUUCCAGAAAAUUUUCAUUUUCAUUCAUUAUUUUUUUCAAUUCAGUUCUCAGAUUUCAAAGAAAAAAACAUAUAUAAU